AUGGGAUUGCUAACGAUAAUCAAGAAACAAAAGCAAAAGGAUAAGGAAAUUAGAGUACUCGCACUUGGUCUCGACAAUGCUGGCAAAACCACAAUUAUUAAACGAAUGUUGAAGCUAGAUGUAGAGUCAGUUUCUCCAACAAUGGGUUUUCAAAUCAAUACUGUACCCUAUAUGGGCCACUUGCUCAAUAUAUGGGAUAUUGGCGGGCAAACUACAUUGAGAGCAUUUUGGGGGAACUAUUUCGAUAAAACCGAAAUUGUAAUCUGGGUAAUUGAUGGUCUAAGUAUGGAACGGUUGAAUGAGUCGUUUUUGGAAUUAAAGGAAAAAAUCAUAUUACAGGACCGAUUAGUUGGAAUAUAUUUGCUAGUUGCAAUUAAUAAAGUGGAUCUAGUGCCUCAAGAAGAGUUACCACUUUUGAAGCAAAAUGUUGCAAAGAUCUUGAAGCUAGAUGAGUAUUUACCAGAUGAGAACCAUUGGCAUAUCGAGUUGGUAAGUGGGAAAACGGGAAUAGGCAUUGAGAAUGUGUUGAAUUGGAUUGUCUCUAGAGAUUAUUGA